AUGUAUCAAUGUGUAUCAAUGUAUCAAUAUAUCAGUAUAUCAGAGAAUCAAAAUAUCAGGCAUCAGGGUAUCAGGCGUGAUGAUAAAUUAUUCGCCACAUGGGUAGUCAUGCCAUUGGAUGACCCGAUUAAAUCACCUCAUUAUUCCAAAUUCGAAAGUGAUAUGUCAUUCUGUAUGAUAGAAAAAAUACGUUUAUGUCAAAGUUUAAAUGUUUAUCAAAUGUUUUUUGACUAA